CUUGAGGAACGGACGUUAUUUAUACCUGUGCUCUCUGACUCUUCGACAACGAACGACCUACACCCUACAACCAACAACCUCAACAUACAAAACCUGCAAUCAGUAACCAUGCUCUCCAUACGCUCGCUAUGCGCGACCCUCUUCCUCGCUGCCCUAGCCGCAGCCACACAAUGCGAAGUCGGCCGUAGCGGGAUCUAUAGUCCUGCGUCCAACGCUACUCUCACGCUUGGCCAGCCCUUCAACCUCACCUUCUGCUCCGGCGCCUACUUCAAAACCCACACCAUCGACAUCGACGUCGUCGUCUACCCGUGCACCACCAGCCCCUGCGGCUCGUUCACCGGCGGCGAAGAGGCGGUGCAUGCGCUUGCGCCGGAGGAUUCGUACGGCUACCACACGAACGUGACACUCUACGCGAUUGAUGGAAGUCAGAGGACUGGGCAGUGGGCGAUUGGGGUGCUGGAUCAUACGAGUGGGUACUAUACUGCCGGGGAUGUGUAUGAGUACUUCGUGCCUGUGAGGUUUGUGCCCGGGUCGGAUAGCAAGAAGAGGGGUUAUUGAGGGGGAAGGAAGCACGAUAGGAGAGGGCAGGGGAGAGUUCGGGAGCCUGGAAGAGUUCGGAUUGAUCGGGAGAGAUGGGUUCGAUAGGAUGGAGAGGGGUGGUAAUGGUGCAUAAUUGAAGGGGGUUUGCAAUCAACUUGCCGAGCACAGAGCCAUCAGUGUCUUCGAUUCAUACGUCUAGGGAAUCAUGUCGCAGACUGGCAUUGUAAGAGACAUCGUAUCCUCCUCUUCUCAUCUUAUGUCCGCUUUUCAUCGUGUCAUUCAUCUCAUCUCUUCUCUUGUCAUGCCUCUAUAAUCUUUCAACCACCUCCUUAGACCUAGAACGAUAAAUCCGCAUUCAUCAACAAAA